AUGAUAUCGUUUAUUAAGAACAUGAUGAUGGAAAUGGAUACAAAUACAUUUCCACUGUUGUUCACUCUAGCAGCUUCACUCAUUGCAUACUUAUUAUGGUUCCAUUUACUAGCACGAAACUUAACCGGUCCAAAAGUUUUCCCAUUUUUCGGUAGCCUCCCGGUUCUCUUCUUGAACCGGAACCGGGUUCACGACUGGAUAACCUCAAACCUAAACCAAACCGGAGGUUCAUCAACUUAUCAAACAUGCAUCCUCCCUUUCCCUUUCUUGGCAAACAAACAAGGCUUCUAUACAGUCACAAGCAACCCAAAAAACAUCGAACACAUCCUCCGAACCCGGUUCGAUAAUUACCCAAAAGGACCCACGUGGCAAACCGCUUUCCACGAUCUUUUAGGACACGGAAUCUUUAACAGCGAUGGUGACACGUGGCUGGUUCAACGCAAAACCGCUGCACUGGAGUUUACCACUCGAACCCUUCGCCAAGCCAUGGCUCGCUGGGUUAACCGAACCAUUAAAAACCGGUUAUGGUGUAUUUUAGACAAAGCCGCAAAAGAAAAAGUUAGUGUUGAUUUACAAGACCUUCUUUUACGGCUAACUUUUGAUAACAUUUGUGGACUCACUUUCGGUAAAGAUCCGGAAACACUCUCACCGGAUCUACCCGAUAACCCGUUUUCUCUUUCUUUUGAUUUUGCCACAGAAGCUACAUUGCAAAGACUACUUUACCCCGGACUCUUCUGGAGGUUCCAGAAGGUUCUAUCUCUUGGCGCUGAGAAGAAACUGAAACAGAGUUUGAAAAUUGUUGAAACUUACAUGAACGACGCCGUUUCAGCUCGCGAGAAAUCUCCCUCUGAUGAUCUUCUCUCACGGUUUCUGAAAAAACGCGACGGUAAUGGAAAACCAUUUGACGCCGGGAAACUGAGACACAUCGCGCUGAAUUUUGUUCUCGCCGGGAGGGAUACUUCCUCGGUGGCGUUGAGUUGGUUUUUCUGGCUUGUAAUGAAUCAUCCAAGCGUGGAGGAGAAGAUUCUCGCUGAGUUGACAGCGGUUUUGGCUGAAACUCGAGGCGAAGAUUGUCGUCGGUGGACGGAUGAGGCGGUGGAUUUUGAAGAAGCUGAUAAGCUUGUUUAUCUGAAAGCAGCGUUGGCUGAGACGCUGAGAUUGUACCCCUCUGUGCCGGAGGAUUCUAAAUAUGCGGUUGAGGAUGAUGUUUUGCCGGACGGAACUGUGGUUCCGGCAGGUUCAACGGUGACGUAUUCGAUAUAUUCUGUGGGGAGGAUGAAGAGUGUGUGGGGUGAAGAUUGCAUGGAGUUUAAACCGGAAAGGUGGUUAUCGGUUCAGGGAAACCGGUUCGAACCGCCAAAAGAUGGGUAUAAGUUUGUGGCUUUUAAUGCUGGACCGAGAACUUGUUUGGGCAAGGAUUUGGCUUACCUUCAGAUGAAAUCUGUUGCGGCUGCUGUGUUGAUUCGUUACCGGCUUUUGCCCGUUCCCGGUCAUAAGGUUCAGCAGAAGAUGUCUCUCACACUUUUCAUGAAGUAUGGGUUACGUGUGUUCUUGUAUCCACGUCAGCUUCAGAAAGACAACUCUGCCGUGUCUUAUUGA